AUGGAAGUUCAACAACAAAUCGACGAGUUGACGACGAUUUAUCAUGAAUAUCGAUCAUUCUUCCCAAAGUGUGAUUUGAUUGUGACACCAGAUGCUCUGUCCAGUUCCAACUAUAUUCUAUUAACUACACAUGAAGGUCGAAGUAUCAAAGUUUCUGUUGCUCUCCGAGGUUGGUACGAAUUAACUACAACUACCCAAAGCCAGAAUGUUGAAAAACCAUUUGAAACAUUUGAAGCAUUGAUGCAAUCCAUUAGUAUAGAUUUUCAAAAUCGUUUUGGAAACGAACUUUCCAAUAAAUUAAAUCAAUUACUACAACAAAAAUAA